AAGCGCACACGAACUCUGAAAACUCUGGGAGGAUGAAAGGGUUUUAGCCAUACUGAGGAUUAAAAUGUUGGAGCCGGAGGAUUUUAUUUUGUUCUUUUAAAGUAAUUUGAUCACCGUGGGAAAUCUAUUUUUACACAAAAGCUAAACGUUGGCAUUAAUAUUCAACUGAGAGGACAAAAGGUGCAGGUUUGAUUUCUCAACAGAGAAGAGCUGAAGGUUCAGUCGGACCACAAGACAGUUUUGCAGCCCCCACUUCCUCAUCGAGAGCAAGUGAACACGGGUUUCCUGUAAAGCCUUUGUGUCUCUGGUCAAUUACUUUACUCACAUCACUCUGCUGCUGGUAAGCUACGCUGCAUGAGACGGCACUGGCCUUGUCGAAUCCUGGGUGAAGCUCUCUAAUCAUCAGUGGAUUUGCUCCGAAAAUUGGACCUGUCUGGACACAAAUAAACAGGGAAAGUUUGGUCAUCAAAAGUCUUCAGAUGAAAGCUGUGAUGCUGUUUUCACACAGUUAAAGUUGUGUGUGGGUUUGAGAUAUUCAGCCACAGCCAUGCUGCAGCAGUCAGAGCUCAUCUUUGACUUUGCCAGUGAUCAUGUUAACAUGCCACAGCUCGGGGGUUACUCAGAUUACCCUGCGGUGAUUGUAGAGCAGGUUCCCCACCCACACCUGCUCUCAUAUGCAGGUUUGGCGUGUGAACAGACACAGACAGAGCAGGACCACCAGCAGCUGCUCAAAGUGGAGGCAUGUGAAAGUGGAGAGGAAGAGACCAUGGAGACACUUGUUGCUGCUGACUCACUUCUCAACAUGGACUGCCCUGACUCCCUCUCACUGGAUCAACACUACUCCCAGACCUUCCUGCCAUCACUGGGUGAUGUCAUCACUACGCCUGUUACCCAGGUGACGGUGUCAGCAGAGGGGAUUGUGGGAGCUUUAGACCAGCCACAGUGGCACUCACUGCACACAGGGAAGUCUUCAUCACAGCUGCAGUCCAGAAAGAGAGGGAGGAAAGCUCGACAUCGAAGGGCAGAAUCUCCCACACCAGACAUUGUUGUAAAAAAGGACAAAUAUAACAAAGGAGGAAACACGCUGUACCUGUGGCAGUUCCUGAUGGAGUUGUUGCAGGACCGACAGGUCUGCCCUCGAUACAUUAAAUGGACUGAUCCUGAAGCAGGAAUUUUCAAGCUGGUCAACUCCAAAGCAGUAGCCCGACUGUGGGGGAAACACAAAAACAAGCCUGACAUGAAUUAUGAGACAAUGGGCAGAGCACUCAGGUACUACUACCAGAGAGGGAUACUGAAUAAAGUUGAAGGCCAGCGUCUCGUCUACCAGUUUACCUCUCUGCCCAAAGACAUGAUUUAUAUCACAGAUGGGGAUGGCACCAAAGAAGAGGAUGAUGACGAAAAUGAUGACAAUAGUGGCAAUGAUGAUGGUGUGAGCGAUGACUCUGAUGAUAGCACGAUACCUUCCAGUGACCAAUCAGUGGAGGAGGAAGAUUUACGCCCACCACCUAAAAAGACACCCAACCCUUCUGUUCGAGCCACAACCACCCAGCGGACCAGACCUGCUCCCAGGCCCCCCACCCAGCGAGACACUGUCCUGCGGCCUGCUAACACCAGCCUGAUCCAGGAGCAGCAUUUACCAAUCGUGUCUGCUGAAAUGCUGCGGACCCUUCAGAACCUGCAGAAGGUUCAGUCCCUGCAGCCAGGAGGUCGGGCUUCAGUCUUCAAGACGGCUCAGCUUCUGGGGAGUCUGUGUGAGCGACAGUCUGCUGCUGAGGGUGGCAUGGACAGUCAUAAAGAGACAUCACAGUCAGGACAGAAAACCUCACAGGUGGAGACUCCACAGCUGGUGUCCCUAAUCAGCUCUGACCAGUAAAAAGACCAAAACCAAACAGCCCACUCACACUCCACUGACUCAGGACCAGUUACAGAGCAGCACUUUGGUGUUGCUGCACACCAGGGUCUUUAUUUCUAAAGUCUGUAAAACCUGAUUUAAACGUAUGUGUUGAAUCUAAGCAGAGCCUGAGCUUAAGCUGCAACAUGUUAUUAACCGAAGGAAAAGUUGUGACCACAUACUUUGAAAAAGGUGGAUUAUUUGAGAGCCAAAGCAAAAAUUUCAAAACUUUUGAAGGAAACGGAAAGCUCCAGGAACACUUGUAGUUUAGAGAACAGCUUUAUUAGACUGACCCAUUUGGGCUUGUAGCUUUCAUCGGGGUCUUCCUGGAAGUUGGUGAAGUUGUGCAAGAAAUGCCUUCUCCAAACCCUUGGUGGUUCUAAUAUUCUAACCUAAGGAUGUUCUUUUUGUCUUUUUUAAAACGAAAGGCUUUGAACUAUUGGAUUCACAAAUAAAACCUGUAGUUUUGGGAUCUCAGGCAUUGCGAUUGGCAGUUUAAAAACAUUCCUUACUUUUGUCAGUGAAGCAUAAAAUUAAUAGAUACUGAUAACACUCGUAGAUGCGGCCUUUAGGAUUCAAGUGGCCUAUAUAGGAAGCCACACACCUGUUCUCUGUGGGGUUUACCUGCCACUGUGUUGACAUGACAUGCACUUACAUUAAUGCAAUUCCAAGUUAGAAUCAUUUUGAGGUUUUUAUUUCCUGAAUUUCUGUUUUUAAUUCAGGUUGAGUUUUGAUUACUUUUUAUACUGGUUAAUACAUUUCUUUUUUCUUUGCUCAUGAUUUAUUUGAAUUUAGAUUUUAAUUACCAGUAGUUUAAGUAUUAGUUUGAGUUUUUUAGUAAUAUAGAAUACUUGUGAGGAGCAAGAGGGCCAGAAAACAUAUUUUGCAAUAAAAAAACUCAAAUAUCACACUAGUCCAGAAAAGAAGAAUUCAAAUCCGAAACACAUGAAAUAACAAAAACAGAAGACGUUAUCUCUUUAAUAUUAUUUUUUAUUUUGUGUUGUUUUGUAACGUUUUGGGUGUUUUUUUUCCCCCAUGAAGCCUCAUUUUAAUUUUGGUUUCUAUAAACUUUUUACUUGGCUAUCUAGUUCUCCUAGACCCAACCCUAAAGAUUUCAGGGUAACCUACACAGAAAAUUUCUUGACAUGAUUGUCAAACCUUGUCCCUCACAGCAGGAAUUCUUGCUGCACUUUUCUUGUCAGUUGGGGGGGGGGGGGGGGUUAGGGCGCUAGGGCGCUAGGGCGCUAGAAGAGAAAUUUCAGCAUAAAGUGAGGGUGCAACUAUCUGCUGUUUGCAUUCACACAUGCUGCCUAGCCAGGUCAAUUCAACAAAUAUUCUGGUGUUUUAUGCAAGUGGGAAUGGGGUUAUGAAGUUUUUUUUUAAUGUACAGUUAUAACCUUGAUGCUACAUGCCACGUGCAUUGUAUUAUCCAGCAUAUACUGUGCUCACACAUCAGCCAGAUCUGACUUUUAACAGGGAUGUUUUCCCGAGGGCGGGCAGGCAGGAAAAAGUGCUCAUAUUAGUUAGUUGUUUGCAUUGAAAAUGCAGUUCACCAUGAGAAUUUCAGGAAAUUUUCAGGUGUUUUGUGUACAGUAUGUGUGAAAAUACCAUAAUAGCAUAAUGUUAGAGUUUGAGCUUUAGAAUGUUUUAUACUUAUACUGAAAUUAACUGCAGAUAUUACGCUUUAAAUGCAUAGAUAAUAUGCAUUCAAUGUUGAGUAUGGCUGUCACUGUUUAAGUUUUAUCUCCAUGUGAAACCAUACAGGCUGUUGCAGCUAGCAUCACACUUAAGGUGCAAAGCUACAAAGAGCCAAGUGAACCAACGACAGUCAUCACAGUCUGCACUGUAGCGAUGUGUACUUACAGCCAUGUGUUAGGUGUACACCAGGCUUUGCUAUUGAUUCAACACAAAACUGUAAAUCAGGAAUAUGAUAGGAAGCAUUGAUUUAGGAGUAUUUUUGUAGAUUAUGUAAUGAAAUGUUAUCAAAAAGUAAUUCUAGAUCAAUGCACUCUGAUAUGUGAGUUGGCAGGACAUUGGCAGAAACCAAAAUCUCAGUUUACUCUCUAAGAUGAGGCUGACUGUAAAAGCCUGUGUUCUUUAUCUCAGCCUUAAAUUCUCCGAAGCCAUUAACUGAACAGACACCAAAGAGGAGAGACAUGCACUGGAAUAUACUGCCUCACUGCACCUUCUGCAGACACUCCUUCUGCCUGCACUUCACCUGCAGCAUCAUGCAGCGAGUGAUGUGCUCACCACACUGUGCCCUCGUUUCUUUGCCUCUACUCUCCCACUCUGUUUCUUUGUUUUACCGUCACACGCUGAAUCAUUCCUCUGCCUUAAAGUCAGCUUUGCACUAAUGUUUACCUCUGCUGUAUGUUUGUUCUUUUUAAGUGCCUGAAGCUGUUUUGUCUGUCCAUCCUGUCCUUGCUUCAUCUGUCUCUGUAAUUAUGAGGUUAUUGAGGGAAAACAUUCCAUAUUAUUAAUGUUUUUUUUUUAUUUGUCGAGAUUACUGAAAAAUAUUUGUGUUAUGAAAUGUUGAAAACAAGGGAUCACUGUUAUUAGUUGAAUAGUACUUUGGCACUGCUGCUGCUGUUCAUAGUUUGUGUAUCAACACAGUGGACCUUUCUUUUUGUUGACAAUCACCAGUGAAUUUGGUAUUGGAGCCUUUUAUUUAGCUACUGUAGAGUAUUACUGCUACUAUUUAACCUCUCUGCUAUGCACACAAUCUGUUUAGUUAUGACACAUAUACAAAUGCAUACAUGGAUCUCUUAAGCCUUGAUAUAUCUUUAUAUGUUGUGUGUUAUAUACUGUAUGUCUGUGAAGAUGCUUGACCUCUUGCCUUGUUGCCAUUUUCUCCCUCAGGUUUGUAAAGAUUUGUUGUAUGUGCUAUGCAAGGAGUAAAGCAGCUGUUCCUUUGUAAUGAAGUAAUGCAAGCUUAGUUAUGUUAUAUUAGCUUCACAAAGCAAGCCCAAAGAGAUCUCACCUCACUCCCAAAAAAUGCACCUGUAUAUAUUAUUUUUAUUUUGCUACUCUUUAAAUUUGUGCCUUUGCCUGAGAACCUUAUGCAAAACUGAUUUCACUUUGCUACAAAGUAAAACAUUUAUUUUUAUUCCCCUCAGUUUGCUUUAACUGGAGGUAUCUUGAUACUGUAAGUUUUUCUGAUGCAGAUUCGUAAACUUGUAGCAGAGGGAGAUGUGGACUUUCUGUUGCUUUAGUUUGGUCUGUUUGCUUUUGUGCAGUCUGAAAGUGUUGAAAGAUAUUAAAUGUUCUAUUAUAAGAAAUAAACUUAAUUUUAUCAUUUCAACCUCA